GGAGCAAGCAAAAGCCCACGGAACGAGGGAGGCGACUUGCUUCGUACUGCUCGCCUCGCCGUUUCACCCCCAAAUCUCUCGCCCCUCUCCGCCCGCCGCCGGCAAUCGCCGGAGACCUCGCCGCCGCGGGGAGCCCCCUCGCCAUGGCCUUGCAGGGGAAGAAGCUCAUCAACGACCACGACGAUGUGGUGACAGAGUUCAUCGAGGGGCUGGUGGAGACCUACCCGGGCCUGCAGUACCUGGACGGGUUCCCUCAGAUUAAGGUUGUUCUUCGUGCUGAUGUCGUUCGUGGUGCCUAUGACAAGGUUGCGGUCAUAUCAGGUGGUGGAAGUGGCCAUGAGCCAGCCCAUGCUGGAUUUGUUGGGCCAGGGAUGUUGACUGCUGCUGUUUCUGGAGAUGUCUUUGCGUCUCCACCUGUUGAUUCUAUUUUAGCUGCUAUUCGAGCUGUGACGGGCCCCAUGGGAUGCCUUCUGAUAGUAAAGAACUACACUGGUGAUAGACUUAAUUUUGGAUUAGCUGCUGAGCAGGCAAAAUCUGAAGGCUAUAAGAUGGAGAUGGUUAUUGUUGGAGAUGACUGCGCCCUUCCACCACCUCGAGGGAUAGUUGGCAGAAGAGGUUUAGCUGGAACAAUUCUUGUGCAUAAGGUUGCUGGGGCUGCUGCAGAUGCUGGUUUAUCUCUUGCUGAUGUUGCCUCAGAAGCAAAACAUGCAUCUGAGAUUGUGGGUACAAUGGGAGUUGCACUUUCUGUAUGCACAUUGCCUGGGCAAGUAACAUCUGAUCGUUUGGGUCCAAAGCAAAUGGAGCUUGGCCUUGGAAUUCAUGGAGAACCUGGUGUUGCUGUUGUUGAUCUCCAGCCAGUUGAUGUAGUGGUUGAGCAUGUUCUUAAGCAGAUAUUAUCACAGGAAACUCAGUAUCUUCCUAUCACAAGAGGGAACAAUGCUGUUAUCCUAAUCAACGGAUUAGGUGCUACUCCUCUCAUGGAACUUAUGAUUGCAGCAAGAAAAGUGGUUCCUGAGUUACAACUGGAGUAUGGGAUUGCUGUCGACAGAGUCUACACUGGCUCACUUAUGACUUCACUUGAUAUGGCCGGAUUCUCUAUUACCAUUAUGAAGUCAGAUGAAAACAUUUUGCAGAGACUUGAUGCUCCCACUAAAGCCCCGGCAUGGCCUGUUGGUUCUGAAGGGAACCGACCACCGGCAAAAUUUCCUGUUCCUGUACCGUCAUCACCUUCAAUGAAGUAUGACGAGAUUCUUACUCAACCUCAAGAGCUAAGCACACAAGGGUGUAUUUUGGAGACUGCUAUUGAAGCAAGUGCUAAAGAAAUUAUCAAUCUCAAGGACAGCCUAAAUGAAUGGGACAGUAAAGUUGGUGACGGUGACUGUGGAACAACAAUGUAUAGAGGUGCAACAGCUAUUCUUGAAGAUAUGAAAAAGCAUUACCCUAUGAAUGAUGCAGCUGGAACAAUAAAUGAGAUUGGGGCAACGAUAAGAAGGGUGAUGGGUGGAACAAGUGGAAUCUUGUAUGACAUACUCUGCAAGGCUGCAUAUGCUAGCUUAAAGCAAAGCAAAACUAUUACCGCGAAUGAAUGGUCUGAUGCUUUAGAAGCCUCUGUUACUGCUGUUAGCAAAUAUGGUGGUGCCAGCGCAGGAUACCGUACAAUGCUGGAUGCUCUAAUUCCUGCAUCUACAGUCUUGAAGCAGAGGCUUAAGGCUGGUGAUGAUCCUGUGACUGCCUUUAUCGCUGCUUCUGAAGCAGCAUCAGCUGGUGCUGAUUCCACUAAACAGAUGCAAGCAAAGGCGGGACGGUCAUCGUACAUUGCUCCUGACCUCCUGGCUUCAAUCCCUGAUCCUGGAGCAAUGGCUGCAGCUGCAUGGUACCGUGCUGCAGCCCUUGCGGUGAAGAACAAGCUGCACGGCUCAGAGAGCUAGUAGUAUAUACUAUCCACCAUUGAUAGACCCCACGUACUAUGCUGACAGGAAAAUCGUCGGGGCAUUUUGUCACCCCCGCUAGAUUUGGUUUCCGCUUGUGCUUUGCAUGGGCUGAGAAAUCGAGUUCCACAUUUUCUUGCCCCCUCACUUCUACAAAGACAAGUUCAAAGAGUUUGUUGACGGUACAAGAUAAUUGAAGCAUGCUUUUGCCUUGGGAUUCCAUUGCCUUA